AACAAGUGUCAAGCCAGAUCAAGUGAUCUGAAGGAGAGGUGAGUCUCUGUUCACAUCCUGGGAUUAAGAUGCAUGUAGCACAGUUCUUUAUCCCAACUACAUAUGUCAUCUACAAAAUACAAAAAAAAAUAUGUAUAGGGAUUCAUGUUUAAUAAAGUAUAUUAACACUGUAACAAACCUUGAGAGUAUGAAGCACAGUUUAUCUCUGGUUCUAAAUGUAGCUCCUCCUAAAGUGUCAAUGGUCUCAUGAUCUUUACUUUCCCUUUCUCUAGAGGGAAAUUUCAGUCAGGAUUUCAUGUUGAUGACCAUGUUUCAACACAAAACGAAUGAAGAAAGAGAGUGACUAUAGUUGGCCAAGCAAAAUGCAAACGAAUUCAACUGCUUCAUGCCUUGUGUGCAUGCAAUGGAAAACAUACUUCAUUCAGCAACACCAUAAAAGAAGUUCAAGGUA